AUGCCUUACCUACCUCCGAAGAAGGCGCGAGAGCAAAAGCAGCGCCAGGUGAAUGCGUCGACCACCGCUUUAGCGCCCGAGGUCCUCGCCAAAAGGACAAGGCGCCAUCUCGAUGAGCUCGAGCAAUCGAAUUAUGCAGAGGCUAUUGGGGAGGAUGCAGGGGAGACCAGUAGCAAGUCGCGCCAUGCCAAAGGGAAAGCCCGCACGCCCAUCACCGACCAGCGCAAGGUGAAUCUCCUGGGCAGCUCGCCCGCCACGAAGAGGAAGAAGUCGACCAUGGCCGUUCGUACUGCCCUGCUCUACCCGACGAACUUCAACGCCCUCCUCGAAAAGUCGAAGAUCGAAGCGAUGCCCGGUCCCACAUAUCUCACGGCAACGGCUCCUCCUUCCCCUUACCCUCCGCGACUGAUCUGCUCCAUCUGUAGCUACUGGGGCCGAUACAAGUGCAUGAAGUGCGCGAUGCCUUACUGCGAUCGCAACUGUGCUGGCGUCCAUGACGAAACUCGCUGCGAAAAGCGCGUCUUAUGA